AUGUCUACCCGCAAGAGAAAGGCCGAUCCCGAGGAGGAGCUCCAGGCCCUCCCUAGCGACGAGAGCGAGGAGGAAGAGGAAUAUGAAGACUCAGAGCCCGAUCUUUCGGACGUGAGUGACGAGGGCGAGGAGGAAGAAGAAGGUGGAGAGUAUGAUGAGAGUGAGGAAGAGGAGGAGGGAGAGGAAGAAGGCAAAGAAGGUCCCCCAGCCCACAAGAAGCAGAAGACCAAGAACGGCACCAAUGGCAAAAAGGCCGAGGAUGAGGACGAAGAAGAGCCCGCCGAGGAAGAAGAAGAGCCCGCCGAGGACGAAGGUGACGAAGAGGAUGCGGAUGAUACUGCGGAGACUAGUGGUCCUGCGGCGGCUGCUGCGAAGGCCAAGGGCGGCGUAGUUCCUAAGGAAUCGGAUCUUCCGGAGGUUGAUGCUGCUGCUGAGGAGGCAGAGUAG